CUCCCCCUCCAUUACUGUUUCAAAUUCCCCUUUUUUGGCAUUUUACUAAACCUACCUCCGGCGCCUUCCUUCUUCUCUCCUCUCCCCAUUCUUCUCUCGCCACGUGUAGCUGUUCUCGCCGUCUUCCUCCAUCCCGACGUCGCCGUCGCCUCCGCAGUAAUUAUCCGGUGGAACGUAUCCGCAGAAAUUUAACGGAGAAUACUGAUACUAGAUUGAUCGCUCGGGCGAUUUCUGCUUCGGUCAUCAAGAUUUCGAUACUGGUGGCGGAAGGAAGGCGAUGUCGGGACCCUUGGAUCGAUUUGCUAGACCUUGCUUUGAGGGUUCAUCUGGUAAUGAUGAGAAAAGAGAACGAAAGUCCGAUUUUGAAAAUUCUGAAGAUGAAAGAAGGACAAGAAUUGGGUCAUUGAAAAAGAAAGCACUGAAUGCAUCUUCUAAGAUAAAGCACUCUCUUAAGAAAAAGAGCAGCAGAAGAAAAAGCGAUGGGAGAAUCAGUUCUGUUUCAAUUGAAGAUAUUCGAGAUGCUGUGGAAUUGCAAGCUGUUGAGUCCUUCCGACAAGCCUUGAUGUUGGAAGAUUUGCUGCCAGAGAAAUUUGAUGAUUAUCAUAUGAUGUUGAGGUUUUUGAAAGCAAGGAAAUUUGACAUUGAAAAGUCAAAGCUUAUGUGGGCUGAUAUGAUUCAGUGGAGGAAAGAUUUUCGUACAGACACUAUCCUGGAGGAUUUUGAAUUCAGGGAAUGGAGUGAAGUUCUGAAGUAUUAUCCCCAUGGUUAUCAUGGAGUUGAUAAAGAUGGGAGGCCUGUAUACAUUGAGAGGCUUGGGAAAGUUGACCCUAACAAACUUAUGCAGGUUACAACUAUGGAACGAUACAUAAAAUACCAUGUAAAAGAAUUUGAGAAAACCUUUGCCAUUAAGUUUCCAGCUUGUACAAUUGCUGCGAAAAGGCACAUUGAUUCAAGCACAACCAUUUUGGAUGUUCAUGGUGUGGGCCUGAAAAACUUUACCAAGAAUGCACGGGAGCUCAUUAUGCAGCUACAAAAGAUUGAUGGUGAUAAUUACCCUGAAACACUCCAUCAAAUGUUUAUCAUUAAUGCCGGUUCUGGUUUUAGACUGCUUUGGAAUACCGUGAAAAAAUUUAUCGAUCCCAAGACUGCCUCUAAGAUUCAUGUUCUUGGAAAUAAAUACCAGCACAAAUUGCUUGAAAUUAUAGAUUCAAGCCAAUUGCCAGAUUUCUUGGGGGGACUGUGUACCUGUGCGGAUCAAGGGGGUUGCCUUUACUCUGAUAAAGGACCGUGGAAGAAUCCAGAAAUACUGAAGAUUGUGCUAAAUACUGAAGCUCGUCGCCCCAGGCAGGUUAUUAAGAUUGUCAACAGUGAGGGGAAAGUAGUGUAUGUGAAGCCUCGUUACCCAAUGUUAAAAGGAAGUGACACAUCGACAGCCGAAUCUGGAUCUGAAGCUGAAGAUAUUGCUUCGCCUAAAGCCUCAAGGAGUUAUUCACAACUUAGGUUGACUCCCGUGCGCGAGGAGGCUAAGGCUGCGGGAACAAGCUAUGGGGGCCGUUUCUCGGGAUAUGAUGAGUACGUUCCUAUGGUUGACAAGGCUGUCGAUUCUGAAUGUGAGAAGCAAACUUCACCUCGAAAUCUAUAUGUUCCUAAAGAGACAUUUCUCCAACCCAAUUCUCAGAAUGCUGCAGCAGAGUCUCGCUAUCGUCUUGUGGCUACUCUCUUUACUUUCUUGACUACAAUAUUCUUGUUUCUCCGAUCCAUAUACUACCGUGUCACCAGAAAGCUUCCCAACAUCCCUUCUCAGCCUGACCACACCCUUCCCGAACUUGCUUUUGACACAACUCCCAAGGAGGAGUUCCGACCUCCAUCCCCAACACCAUCUUUUACUGAAGCAGAGAUACUUUCUUCCGUCAUGAAGAAGCUGGGCGAGCUCGAAGAGAAGGUCAGUACCCUUCAAGCAAAACCAUCUCAGAUGCCAUAUGAGAAAGAAGAACUGCUGAAUGCUGCUGUUUACCGAGUGGAUGCCCUUGAAGCCGAGCUGAUUGCCACCAAAAAGGCUCUGUACGAGGCUUUGAUGAAACAAGAAGAAUUGCUUGCUUAUAUCGACAGCCAAGAAAAUGCCAAAUACCAGCAGAAGAAGAUGUUUUGCUGGUAAACAUGGGAGCUCUUUGGUUGGGAAUCAUAUCUUCUGCUGUAUUCGAGGUAAUUUGCCAUCUCUUUCUCAUCAACUUGUGUUAUGGUUGAAUAUGUAGAUUAUUUAGUCUGUGCUUGCGAGUCAUUGUGUGAAACUGCUUCCACGACGUGAAUCUAAGUGAUUCCAAGUUAUAUUUCAAACAUUUAUUUCAUGAACAGGGUUGUUGAUUCAUUCCCUAUCCCCAUCCCCAUCCCUGUUUUCUGAUUCCGUAGCAUAUAUUGGUAUAAAUUGUUGUUGCCCCCACUUGCUAUUUGGAUAUUUGAUGAAUUAGCUAGGAAA